AAUAUGGGACACGAAGGUUGCAGAUCCCUCAACAAGAUUGAGCAUAAUGGCAAAGAAGAAGGGAUUCUGGGUAGAAAAAGUCCACUGUCUGGGCACUGAGAACACUCUGUCUGAGUGUCACGCUCAGCUGUCAAUCCCCCGCAGUCCCACCCCUUGUAAGAAUGGAAGACAUGCAGUAGUCAAGUGCGUUGCAGGACCCCAGUUUGCUCGCAUCUCCUCAGGAAGACCCCAGGCCCCUUAUCCAGCUGUGCCUGUGCGUCUGAAGGCCGGCCCCAGGCUGGGUGAGGGUCGUGUGGAGGUUCUCCGAGACGGAAAAUGGGGCACCAUUGUGGACCAUAUGUGGGACAGAACUGCAGCCAGUGUGGUGUGCAGAGAACUUGGCUUUGGCUCCGCCAAGGAGGCCUUGCAAGGAGCUUUCAUGGGUCAAGGCACAGGACCGAUCCAUAUCAACAGUGUCCAGUGUAUGGGGUCAGAACGCUCCAUCCUGGACUGCUACUUCCAAGAAGUCCAACCAUGGACGUUCAAACAUACCCAGGAUGCCUCAGUGCGCUGUAACAUCCCCAAGACUGGCAUGGAGAACACCGUGCGGCUUGCUGGUGGAAGACUCCAUUCAGAAGGCCGUGUGGAGGUUCUGUUGGAGGCUGGGGGUCGUAAGCGCUGGGGCUCUGUCUGCAGUGAGAACUGGGGCAUCAACGAGGCCAUGGUGGUGUGCAGACAGCUCGGCAUGGGCUUCGCUGUCAGUGCUCAUGAGGACACCUGGUACUGGGCCGGUGACCCGAAUGCAGCCGAUGUGAUUCUCAGCGGGACACACUGUGUGGGCACAGAGCUUUCAAUUCAGCAAUGUCGUCGCAACAACCAUGUCCACUGUCCCCGUGGAGGCGGAGCUAAGGCUGCUGGGGUCAGCUGUUCCGAGACGGCACCUGACCUUGUCCUGGAUGCCCAGCUGGUCCAGGAGACAGCCUAUCUAGAGGACCGACCCCUCCACCUGCUGACCUGUGCCAACGAGGAGAACUGCCUGUCCUCGUCUGCCGCCAGGAUGAACUGGCCCUAUGGCCACCGACGCCUGCUGCGCUUCUCUUCUCGCAUCAUGAACCUGGGACGCUCUGAUUUCAGACCAAAGGCUGGCAGAGAGAGCUGGACAUGGCACCAGUGUCACAGGCACUACCACAGCAUCGAGGUGUUCACGCAUUACGACCUGCUGACUCUAAAUGGCACAAGGGUUGCCGAGGGACACAAGGCCAGUUUCUGUCUGGAGGACACGUAUUGCCCCGAUGGAGUCCAAAAGCGGUUCUCUUGCUAUAACAUGGGUGACCAGGGCAUUUCUGUGGGCUGCUGGGAUACCUAUCGCCACGACAUCGACUGUCAGUGGGUUGAUGUGACCGACGUACGGCCAGGAGACUACAUCUUUCAGGUGGAAGUCAACCCCUCGAUGGACAUGGCCGAGUCUGACUUCAUGAACAAUGUCAUGAGAUGUCGGUGCAAAUACGAUGGCCACCGAGUGUACAUGUACGGAUGUCACGCAGGUGACGCUUACAGUGCAGAGACUGAAGACCUGUUUGAGCAUCAGAGGCAAAUCACCAACAACUUUGUGUAGUCCACGCCGGGGCUCAGUACGAAGGCUUUCCACUGGGGCCGAGAGACUACUCAGGGUGGGCUGAGGUCGAUGGCCCUACGCCCUUGGGACAUUAGCACCCUUAAUAACAGAGAGCACACAAAAUGGUGCCUGUUCAUCUCCUCUGCAGAUGUGGAUAAAAUAUUCAUACGAACAUCUCAUUACAGCAGCGACCAACGAAGAAACUCUACUCUCAACUCAACAGCCAAUGAAAACAAUAGUGGAACAGGCGCCUCAUGGCUCAACACGGUUUUUGUUUUUGUUUUUUUGUUACUCUAGUUAUGUAAGAACCUAUAGGAUAUUGUUUCCAACUUUACUGAUUUUUGUGAAUGUGGACUACUAGUAACUUAAGUUAGUUAUUCAAAAAAAAGUAUACACGUGAAAGAUCUAAUGUUACUAUUGAUAAUCUGUCACUAAGACGAUGGGGAUGUCGGGAAUGCGAGAAGAAAAUGUCGGGAACAAAAUCUGAAUUGUGAGUUUGUAUAAUGUCUUUUGCAAAAGGCUACGUUAGUGCACUUGCAGCAAAAAUGCACUAAUAUUAGCUCUUUUGCCAUUAUUUUACCUAAACUCCUCAGUUAUUGGAUCGUGUGUAACUGUUAGCUUUUACAUUACUUCAAUAUUGGUGCUUAGUGGACUUUUAUUAACCUCGCAAACAUUUCAGGUGAACAGUGUUGUCUGAUGCAUUUUGGGUAGUUCACUUUUACACUUAGUCGUUUUAUUAUUGCUUUGGUUUUAACAAAAUCAUCGUUUUGUAAAAGUGUAGUUGUGAAUUCUUGCUAAUCAUCUGUAAUAGAUAGGUAAAGAGAGGUCAAAUGAUUUUUAUGGAACAAAGCACUUUAACGUUGAAACAUCAGUAUUCCAGUUUUCGGUACCACAAUUUAAAAAACAAACAACAAUUGCUCCCAAAUUGACUUUUAAGGGCGUUUAUCAAAUAUAACUUUACAUUGUUUUACAUUUAAGAACGUGAAAUAUAAGGUUUGUGUGUAGUUUUCAUAUUCUACUAUUGUACUAUUUAUGCUGUACCUUUUAUUUAUUCAUGGAAUUCACACUAACACAGCAUGCUCAGUCAUGAGUUUGUUAGUCAGCAUUCAGUUAACAAUACUGUACAUUUUAACCAGGGAGAGAAAAUGAUUUCAUACAGUAAAGCUAGCAUAUAGUAUUGUUUUCCAUGACACAGAUUAAUAAUUUUCUGAUUUAUUUUUAUUUGAGUUAUUAAAACAACUGUAACUGUACAGUUUUCCUUUUGAAGCCUCUCGCAUGGGAGGGGAAACCAUGCUGACAAAACCACAGUAUUGUGGGAGGCAGGCAGGCUGGGUUUUGAGAGCGUAUAAAAAGCCUUUUAAUUACAUCUGUUUGAGUUAGACUUAAGGUUAUGGUUAAGGUUAGGGCUAUAGCAAGUGCUUCAUGACGAGACACUAUAGAAUUGUUGCACGUGAAAGGGAGCGAGGAUUUAAAUCUGAACUAGUACAGCUAACUACGAGAGAGAUUUGGUGAAAGAGACUGACGGGCAGAAAGAAUGAGAACGUGAGAUAGGAGGGGAACAAGGUUGGAAGGCAAGGACUUAUGCAGACAUGCAGGUUUUUUUUACUACCGGAGCUGCUUUUUUGUAGGCAGCCAUAUGACGACCACAAGCUGGCAUUUUCAGCUCCCCAACGAGAACAACAUGUUUGUCUGGGAGAAAAAAUAAACUCUCAAUUCACGCUUCAACACAGUAAACAGUGGCCGUAUUUUAUUUUACGAAACCAUGGCCGUAUCUUUCGACACUCUCUUUGCUGAAUAAGUCACUUUUUAGCGCCACACCAAACCAUGAUGCAACUCCAUUUUCUUUACAACAUGGGACUUGGGUGUUAAUCAUGUUCUUUUUACACCAUUAAUGCGCAUUUGAUGUGUUUUGACGUAUUGCCUCAGCAGUUAAACCUGUUACGAUGAUGUCCAAUGGACAGUUUCCAGGACACACAAUGGAAAGGACACGUCUCUCAUAAAGACUUGUGUAGACUUAAUUAACUUCUUUAACAGAUUGGCCUUCACCAACGGGAUUUUUGAGUUGUGGCCGUUUGUGGAUCCGUCUGAAAGUCUAGAAUGAGUAUUUGCUGAUACACUCUUUAUGGGGGGAGGGAUUAUGUACAGUUCAUAUUACUAUGGUCUAUUCUGUGUUAUUUAAAUUUAUAUGACAUUACAUAACUUAAGUUGGUUCACAGUCACCACUCUCAUUUUAUUUACUGUAUUUUUUUUACCCAUGCUUUAGCACUGGGAUAUUGUUUUCCAUGGCCAGUUACACGUUUAUUUUGUCUUCAAAACACUGAGAGAGUGCGCCACAUGGCGCCUAUCAACAUUUAUAUUCACAGAAAGCUGUGCUCUCAGGGACUUGGACCUCAUCUCAAGAGUAAAAACAUAUUUCAUAGGUUACUCUCAGCUGUGAUGCAUACAUGAUGACACCAAAUCUUUCCUGUCUUCAGCACUUGGUGAUAAACUCUGUUAAGUUUUCCUUGACGGAAGUUUGGACAAUUGUGGACACACACUGGCUGAGUAAGAGGCAAAUUUCAGUGGAAGAACAAAUCAUGAUGCUUUCAUUCAUCAUUACUGUGAAUCAAUAAAACUUCAUCACAUACUAA